AUGGCUUCAUUGCCGUCACCAACACGCGAAUUUUCGACGUCUACAUUCCCCGAGCGGAGCUCGAAGGAAUUGAUCGAAGAGGAGAGUAUUCCUUCUUACAAAGCGGAACAGUUCUACCCGGUCCAUAUUGGACAGGUGUUCGAGUCAAGAUACCAAGUCGUUUCCAAGCUGGGUUUCGGGACAUCGUCGACGGUUUGGCUUUGUCGGGAUUUAAAAGAACAUCGAUAUCUCGCUCUCAAAGUGUGCAUCCGAAAAGAGGGAACGGAACAACAUCAGCACCAUGAGAUUACAGUUUCCCAGCAUCUCCACGAUUUCCGUCUCGAGAGUCGCGGGGGGGAAGAGCUUGUCCGGAGAGUCCUUGAUUCCUUCGAAGUCACCGGUCCCAAUGGGUGCACCAAUAUCUCCUCCAACAAUCUCCUCCAGGGCAUCCACGAUGAUUCCAUCCUGGAACAGCUCGAACAGGAAGAAAUCGAUCAUCCAAGCGCGAGGAAAAGCCUGGAAAAUGGUCGUGCCAUAUAUACCUCUCGACCCAUGCCAAUAUGCACUGGGUUUCCCGUGCUCUGCGAUCUUGGGGAGGCGCGGAUUGGCAGCGGUAAGCAUCGAGGGGAUAUCAUGCCCGGGAUAUACCGGGCACCAGAGGUUAUCCUGGGCAUGGAAUGGGACUGCAAAGUUGAUAUUUGGUCCAUUGGUCUAAUGACAUGGGACAUAUUCGAGGGCGGACGACUAUUCAUUGCCAGGAAGGACGGCAUAUUAGACGACGAGCAACAUUUAGCAGAAAUUGUAUCAUUGUUGGGUCCUCCGCCUCCGGAAUUUAUCAGGGGAAAUUCCAAAUGUCUCGAGUGCUGGGAUGAAGAAGGAAACUGGAAGGGCUCCAUACCCAUCCCGGAUCAAUCUUUCGAAACACGCGAGUGGCGACUGGACGAGGAGGAUCGCGCUCUAUUUUUGAAAUACCUCCGAAGGAUAUUACGCUGGAGGCCGGAGGAGAGGCCAACAGCCGAGGAGCUCGCUUUUGAUGACUUUCUCAUGCAGCCACUCGUGGAGUCCCGUGCGCGUGCUGCGGGGAAUUAGGCAUUUUCUGCGCACUUUUUGGACUUUUUUUUUCGGUUGUUACUGUACAAUAUAUAUGAGUAGAAUCUAAAUUUCGGAUACCCUCUUCUCUGCCUC